AUGUUCUUUCUGUUUAUUCAUCUUUUCCUAUCUAUCUCACCUCUCUCUCUCUCUCUCUCUCUCUCUCUAUCUAUCUAUCUAUCUAUCUCUUUCCAAUAUUUUCUUCAGAUUAUUGCGUUUGUUAUUUCUUCUUCUAUUACUCGAUAUUUCAUCGUUUUUGUGCAAUUUUGUUCUCAUUCAUCUAAUUUCUUCUACUUCUUAUUUCGUCUUCAUAUUUCUUUUACUGCUGGAAAUGUUCUCCUUUUUGUGCAAUUGUGUUUUCAUUCAUUAGAUUUCUUCUUCUAUUACUCGAUAUUUCAUCGUUUUUGUGCAAUUUGUUCUCAUUCAUCUAAUUUCUUCUACUUCUUAUUUCGUCUUCAUAUUUCUUUUACUGCUGGAAAUGUUCUCCUUUUUGUGCAAUUGUGUUUUUCAUUCAUUAGAUUUUUCUUCUAUUACUCGAUAUUUCAUCAUUUCUUCUUCUAUUACUCGAUAUUUCAUCGUUUUUGUGCAAUUUGUUCUCAUUCAUCUAAUUUCUUCUACUUCUUAUUUCGUCUUCAUAUUUCUUUUACUGCUGGAAAUGUUCUCCUUUUUGUGCAAUUGUGUUUUCAUUCAUUAGAUUUCUUCUUCUAUUACUCGAUAUUUCAUCAUUUCUUCUUCUAUUACUCGAUAUUUCAUCGUUUUGUGCAAUUUUGUUCUCAUUCAUCUAAUUUCUUUCUUCUUAUUUCGUCUUCAUAUUUCUUUUACUGCUGGAAAUGUUCUCCUUUUUGUGCAAUUGUGUUUUCAUUCAUUAGAUUUCUUCUUCUAUUACUCGAUAUUUCAUCGUUUUUGUGCAAUUUUAUUUCUUCUUCUAUUACUCGAUAUUUCAUCGUUUUUGUGCAAUUUUGUUCUCAUUCAUCUAAUUUCUUCUACUUCUUAUUUCGUCUUCAUAUUUCUUUUACUGCUGGAAAUGUUCUCCUUUUUGUGCAAUUGUGUUUUCAUUCAUUAGAUUUCUUCUUCUAUUACUCGAUAUUUCAUCGUUUUUUUCAAUUUGUUCUCAUUCAUCUAACUUCUUAUUUCGAUAUUUCUUUUACUCUGGAAAUGUUCUCCUUUUUUGUGCAAUUGUGUUUUCAUUUUGUUACUCGAUAUUUCAUCAUUUCUUCUUCUUUUGAUAUUUCAUCGUUUUUUGCAAUUUUGUUCUCAUUCAUCAAAUUUCUUCUACUUCUUAUUUCGUCUUCAUAUUUCUUUUUACUGCUGGAAAUGUUUCUCCUUUUCUUUUCAUUCAUCAAAUUUCUUCUACUUCUUUUUCUUCUUAUUUUAUCACUGUUAUCUAUCUAUCUAUCUAUCUAUCUAUCUAUCUAUCUAUCUAUCUAUCUAUCUCAGUUUGUUCCUAUCUAUCUAUCUAUCUAUCUAUCUAUCUAUCUAUCAGCUCGUUCCUAUCUAUCUAUCUAUCUAUCUAUCUAUCUAUCUAUCUAUCUAUCUAUCUAUCAGCUUGUUCCUAUCUAUCUAUCUAUCUAUCUAUCUAUCUAUCUAUCUAUCUAUCUAUCUAUCUCAUUCUGUGGAUAUCUGUGUAGCUAUCUAAUUGUAUCAUCUAUCUAUCUAUCUAUCUAUCUAUCUAUCUAUCUAGCGCAUUCUGCUGAUAUCUGUGUAGCUAUCUAUGUGUGUAUCCAUAUUAGCCUGUUCGUUUCCCCCCCUCUCUCUCUCUCUCUCUCUUUUGUCUGUGUGUUUUGUUCUUUCUUUCUUUCUUUCUUUUUGUUUGUGUCUUUCUUUCUUUCUUUCUUUCUUUCUUUUGUUUGUUUGUGGGUUUCUUUUUUUCUUUCUUUUUGUUUGUGUCUUUCUUUCUUUCUUUCUUUUUGUUUGUGUGUUUCUUUCUUUCUUUCUUUCUUUCUUUCUUUUGUUUGUUUGUGGGUUUCUUUUUUUCUUUCUUUUUGUUUGUGUCUUUCUUUCUUUCUUUUUGUUUGUGUGUUUCUUUCUUUCUUUCUUUCUUUCUUUUUUUUUGUUUGUGGGUUUCUUUUUUUCUUUCUUUUUUGUUUGUGUCUUUCUUUCUUUUUUUUGUUUGUGUGUUUCUUUUUUUUUCUUUCUUUCUUUCUUUCUUUCUUUUGUUUUGUUUGUGGGUUUUUUUUCUUUCUUUUGUCUUUCUUUCUUUCUUUUUGUUUGUGUGUUUCUUUCUUUCUUUCUUUCUUUCUUUCUUUUGUUUGUUUGUGGUUUUUUUUUUCUUUCUUUUUGUUUGUGUCUUUCUUUCUUUCUUUCUUUUUGUUUGUGUGUUUCUUUCUUUCUUUCUUUCUUUUGUUUGUUUGUGGGUUUCUUUUUUUCUUUCUUUUUGUUUGUGUCUUUCUUUCUUUCUUUUUGUUUGUGUGUUUCUUUCUUUCUUUCUUUCUUUCUUUCUUUCUUUUCUUUUGUUUGUUUGUGGGUUUCUUUUUUUCUUUCUUUUUGUUUGUGUCUUUCUUUCUUUCUUUUUUUUUUGUUUCUUUUCUUUCUUUUCUUUCUUUCUUUCUUUCUUUCUUUCUUUUGUUUUCUUUUUGUGGGUUUCUUUUUUUCUUUCUUUUUUUUUUCUUUCUUCGUUUUAUUCAUUCAUUCAUUCAGUCAUUCAUUUUCUCACUGAAACCAUUUUUCUCCGCGUUCAAAUUUAAGCUUAACGCUUCUUUCUUUCUUUCAUUACUUUUCUUACUGCAACCAAAUUCUCUCGUCUUCUUCUUCACGUGA